CCCCUUCCGGCGCGCCCCCGCCCAUCCGUCGGCCCCGCCUGGUGACGUCAUCGCCCCGGCGCCGCUGCAGCCGCUCCGCUCAGGUCCCCGGCCUCCGGUGCCGCUGCGCCACUCAGUAGACCCUCGCCCGCAGCCGCCGCCGCCAAAAUGUCUACAGCUGCGCCUGCAGGUGCAAGCUCUGCCUCUGGCAGUAGUCGAAGACUUCAGCAGACACAGAAUCAAGUGGAUGAGGUGGUGGACAUCAUGAGAGUCAACGUGGAUAAGGUACUGGAAAGAGAUCAGAAGCUCUCUGAGUUAGAUGACCGUGCAGAUGCACUGCAGGCAGGAGCUUCCCAAUUUGAAACAAGUGCUGCCAAGUUGAAGAGAAAAUAUUGGUGGAAGAACUGCAAGAUGUGGGCAAUAGGGAUUAUCGUCGUGGUCAUCAUCAUCAUCAUCAUCAUCGUGUGGAGCUUUUCUUAAUGAAGAACCAAUGGAACGCCAGCCCGCUGUUCAAGAACCCUCUUCAAGACUUUUCACUUAGAACCUGCCACAUUAUCAAGCUUACCUACUGUUAUAUCUAAAAUGAUUAUUUUCUGUUAGUUACUGUAAAGUUUGGUUUCUAGGAAAUGUGCCUUUGUUUUUUAAUAUGCACUCCAAACCAGAAGUGUAGUCAGCCCAGCUCGCAUUUUGCACAGUGCCUUUACAGAUUUACAUAUGGGCUGAUGAAGAGGACUUCUUAAGUUCCAGAGUGUAAUAGCCUAGAAGUAAUAUUGUCUGAUUAAUUGCCAUUAAUUCCAGUUAAGGGAAUUUGUUCUAAGUUAGCUGUCCUUGUCAUAUGAUGUUAUCUUCAUGUGACAUUAUCUUCAUAUGACGUUAUCUUCAUAUAAACCUUUGGCUAAUCAGAUUUCCAGUUUGUGCCUUCUAGAAAACACUACUGCCUAACACAAUUCUGUGACAAUAUCCGGUUGUGCCUUAUUUUGCUAUUUUUCUGAUUCCCUAUAAGAGAAAUCUCUACUGUUUAUAAGCACUACUGACUCUUUCGCUGUAUUUAAAAUAAGAUGCUGGUAAAGAGUUUUUGCUCUUACAUUAGAUAUGAAGAUGUUCACUUUCUUGUUAUUGUUAUGUAUCACUUGCUAAAAAUAUGAUUUUAAUCAGAAAUAAUAACCUCUUUAAAACAUUUUUAUAGAACUAUGGCUGUGACCAAAGUUUCUAUUUUGCCAAAAAGUUAAAUCCCAGUAAAAUGUCCUUAAGUUUGUUCCUGCCAGAUAGAUUUAGAAAAGUGACAAAUGGAGCUCAAAGCGCCCUUCAGAAUUCAAACUGUAACAUCGGGUGUGAACCUUCUCCGUCCUGACAGACCUUUCUUGCCUUUGAAAUGCUGUCGGUGGUGCGACUCCACUUCCUAGUCAGCAUCUUUCCCAGGGGUUUGAGAAGGUUUGGGCCAGACUCUGACCAUCUCCCACCUCCAGACAGUGUUACCCAGCAGUUUGCAGAUGGAUCAGCGGUGGACGCCAGUAUGUUUCUAAUAAUUACGCGAGCAACAAUUCUGUAGCCUUCAAGUGAGACCUUCUGUGAACUGGUGUUUAUCUGACCCAGUCCCGUAGACUACAGCUUUUGGAGUGUGUUUCCAGUUUUUAUCCACAUUCUACUUUCUGAACCUGUUUUCUGAGCGACACUUUCCCUCAGGCAUUGGUCGGGGUGGACGACUGUUCACAGAGGAUGGCUCACCACGCCACUCCUCGCUGUCACAGACGGUCUGCACAAGACGCUGCUUUGGGAAUAGCCGUUGUCCUGAUUCUGAGAGACUUGCUGGGCACACGAGACUUUGACCAGCAGGGCAUGUGGCUUAAGGAUGGGAGUUGAGGUAGGGAUGCAAACAGGCGAGGAGGCACUGCGGGAGAAACAGGUUUACCACCCCGUGGCCCCUUGUUACUGGAAUAUUCUAAAAUUCCUGUUCACAUGCUAGUAUGUGACUUACAAAGCAACAGCAGUUGAGGUGCACCAGGACACGGGUUCCAUUUCUUUAACAGCUGUUCCCCUGAUGCCCCUGAGAGGAUGUAAUGUUGAAAACGCCUUGCAGCAUGCUCAGUUAUGAGAAGAAAACAGACGGUAGCCCACCCUCAGCUCAGGGUCUCUGGCCGGGUCUGACUCUGAAACCUUGGUGCUCUCUCCUUGGCCUCAAUGCUCAGUCCCAUGUAACCCACUGGCUCCUGCAUUAACCCAGGAAUACCUCGCUUGUAUCUGUGUAUUUAGCUGGGAACUUGCCCCUAUAAUGAACUUAAUAAAGUGUUUAUAAACAUAA